AUGACGACAUCGAUGAAGUUCGAUCUUCCGCUGCUGAACUACGACACGCGGUUCUCGCUAUGGCAAGUCAAGAUGCGGGGGAUUCUGGCGCAGACUCAUGACUAUGAUGAGGCGCUGGAUAGUUUCGGAAAGAGGAAGGCCGAGUGGACUCCAGAAGAGAUCCGCAAGGAUCAGAAGGCGCUCGCCCUAAUACAGUUGCAUCUUCAUAAUGAUAUUUUGCAGGAGUGUCUGAAAGAGAAAACUAUGAAGGAGGAGGAUUCAGUGAUGAGCCACAUCGCUGAAUUCAAGAAGAUCGUCGCCGACCUAGUGUCGAUGGAGGUGAAGUAUGAUGACGAGGACUUAGGUCUUUUACUGCUAUGUUCUUUGCCAAAUUCGUAUGCAAAUUUUCGUGACACCAUACUUUUGAGCCGUGAUGAACUAACCCUAAAGGAAGUUUAUGAGGCUCUCUAG